AUGGCAGAUGAAGGAGACAACUCCUCCUCAUCUGACAGUGGAGAUGAUCCUUUGAUAGACGUGAGAGGGCGUCAAGGUCCUGUCACCGAAAGUAGCGUCAAUGAAUCUUUCCUAUCUACAUUUGAUAUUUCUAUUGACGAAAAUGACAAAAAAUUGGGUAACACCUUAGCUGCCGAGAAGGAGAACAUGGACGAAGAGGAAGAUGAAGAGGAAGAUGAGGAGGAAGAUGAAAAGGAAGCUGAGGAGGGAGACGAGGAGGGAGAAACAGAUGAGAAAGCAAAACAGUGGCAACCGAAAGGAAAUGGUGCAAAUGACGAAGAAAAUUUUUUAAAUAAUAAAGAGGAUGUUUCUUCUGAAUUGACCACCAUUGCAAAAGUAGAAACUGUUAAAAGUUUAAUCUCACCUCAGGCGCCCAUUGCGCAAAUCUCCGAGAAGCCUUCACCUUUGUAUCUGGGACAGCAGGCUGUGAAUUGUGCUAAACUGAAUCGUUUGUCAGUGACUACGUGUCAGGAGGUGAUGCGUGAGGUUCUGAAAAGCAAGAAUCCUAAGGGCCGAGAAGACAGUCAUUUACGGCUCUUAUUGAAACAAUGGAAAGGAACACUUGCGAAGAAGAAUCGUUCAAAGAAUAAAAUCAGUUCUCAGGAAAAACAGACUUUGUUCAGCGACACUGUCACCUAUGAAAAACUAGAUAUGACUUUGAUGUACCAGAUAGCUAGGAAUCUGUUACAUAAGGAAAUCGCAUCACCAAGAACGACAUGGAAUACAUCCCCACCUGAUUUUGACAUCAGCCUCCAGGCAUGUGUUGAAAAACUUAAAGACUUUCGUAAUUAUUGUUCUCACUUAAAAGAUGACAAGGUGACCGACGAAUUUGUUCGAAAUCGUUUUCAGCAUAUCAGAGAUGUUAUAGUACACAUAGAGAAAUACAUAGGUAUUGAGCCCCAGUACAGUCUCCAAGUUGACUACAUCAAGGAUGCUCAGUUAUCCCCAGAUGUCGCCGAGCUGCAAGCCAAACUGAUAAAACUUGAGUCUGAAAAGGAUACAAUGAAGUGUGUUGGAACUGCAGAAAUGGAAACAGUUCGCAAAGAUUUGGAAGAAUGUCUUAAAAAGUAUUGCUCUGCGUUGGAGAUGUUCACUGUAAACGUGAACGGUCAAAAUGCUCAAACUAGAAAAUGCAUCGAAAACCACGAAAGCAGUGACCGAUUUUAUGCAGAGACAAGAAUUUCAAAAGAGGCGAUGCAUAUACUGCAAUCUGAACACUGCGUUGUCAUCACAGGUAAUAAAGGAUCCGGGAAAACCGCCUUGGCAUAUCAUCUGUUGUUCCAGUUAAUGCCUUUGGGUAGAUGUAAAGUUCAGGUACUUCAAAGCUUAACUGAUAGAAUAGAUGUAGAUGGUUUUGUUAUUGCUUUUAUUGAACUAAAUGAAAUUGAAGAGAAAAAGAGAUCAAGAUUAGAAUUCAUCGUGAAAGAGUUGAUAAGACCAGAUGUUGACUUAAGUCUGUAUGUGAUUAUAACUUCAAAGUCAGAUAACUUGGAUGAAAUUUUAGAUUUCAUAACGCCAGUUCACUUGUCUUCUUCGCCUUUAAAUGAAGAUGAAAAAAGGUCAAUUCUUGAAAACCAGUUAAAUCAGGUUGUUAAGAAAACAGAAGUUCCUUUAUCGCCUCAACCAUCCCCACAGGAAGUGACAGAAAUCGUAAAAGAAUCGAAUGUCCCGAUAGCAUUUCCAUUGGCUGCAUAUUUGUAUGCUCAAAAUGAAAAAUAUCGUAGACUUGGUUCCAGUUUUUUUCGAUCCCCGGUGGAUUAUUAUCUUUCGGAAAUAGUCUCCUUUUGUAGAGCAAAAGCAACAUUUGUACUUCUUCUAGAGCUGUUGUUCCAAGAAAGGAUAAGUGGCUUGAACAUCGAUGAUAUUCAAGCUUGGAUCAAAGAUCCUGAGUUAGUUGUUGAUAAACUAUCCAUGAAAAAUGCCCGUAAACGAAUCAAUGGACAUUUAGUUUUGCCAUCCAACCAACCCCUUGACUUUCAGAUUCGGAACAAAUGCAUUGAGAAAGCUUUCUGUAUUUAUCUCAUAAAAGAACACUUGCCAAAGUCCAUCAAAUGCCUCGACCUAGAAUAUGUCGUUGACCCAUGCAUUCUGAGUUGUAGAGCAGAAAAUACAGGGAAAUGUGUUCAAAUGCUUUCUGAGGACAUUGAUAAAGAAUUGUUGGCAAAUAGGUUUCUUACAGAAAUUUUGAGCGACAACACAACACACCUCAGCAAGAGUGAUGCAUGGUUAGACUGCAUGUUCAUAGAAAUGUUCAUGGAAGUAUUCGAAAUACAUAUCAGAAAUUGUGACGAGGAAAGAGCGCAAUCAGAAUGUAUGGAAAAAAUGUUCCAUUGGGCUGUUUCAUACAGAUGCCUGCCGCUUUGCAAGAGCCUGAGAAAAUAUAUUGAUAACACAUUUGUAUUCGACCAGCAUUUUACAGACAAAAUGAUGAAAGAACUCAUGCUAAAUGCAUGCUCUGUUUGCCCAAAUACACUUUGUAUAGCUGACAGAGGUGUGACCAAAAUAGAACUCCUCCGAUUUUUCGUAGAUCACGGAGUAUCCUGCGACUUUUGGGAACCGAUUGUUGGAAGCGGUGACGACGAAAGCUUGCGUUACCUUCUGAGAACGAAAGCCAUGGAUGAAAAACUGGACUGGGGAUUUUGGGAACUACUUUCUACUGCAGCAGCAGAAGGCGAUACACUUCUGUGCAGCUGUAAAUUUAUCAAAUUGAUAAACCAGAGAGGGGAUGGAGUGAGAGAUACCGAAAACGAUGGGAUAGUUGCAUUUGCUGAAAGAGUCAAGUCUUUAAAAGACGACAGUUUAUUGAAUAAACAUUUUCUUUUCAGCUGCAUCGAGACUAUUGGAUUAAAUCAAUCUCUUAUGAAAGCAAUGCAAGAACACAAUUUUCCAAUACUUGACACCAAUGACAAGGGGUACAAUAGCUUACACAUUGCUGUUAGUAGCAUGUUACCACAAACACAGUUAUUGGCCACCAUAACGGUUCUGUCCUUGGCUGAGUUAGACUUACAACACAAAGUGAACCAGGAUUGCGAAACACCAUUAAUGAUAGCAGCAACACGUGAAGACUUCGACGUCAGGUGUAUCGCUGAACUUCUUAGACAGACUGCGGAUCCAAACUACGCUUCAUCUAAGGAUGGGUACACAGCGUUACAUAAGUGCAUAUUGUCACCUCUUGAUGACAGAAUUGUGUCAGCAAGAGUUUCUACAAUGAUAGACUACAAAGCAGAUGUCAACAAACGGUCAUUAUCAGGUCUUUCACCAAUCAGCCUCGCAAUUUCCAAGGGAACAUCAAGAUUAAAAACACUGGGAUCACUUGUGAAAGGAAGACCUUCACACAUGCCUGCUACUCAAUAUACAUUACAUUAUUGUAUUCAGCUGCACUUGAAAGAAGACGAAAAGAUAGAAGUUCUUCAAACAUUAAUCACCGAAGGUGUUAAUGUGAAUGAAAAAGAUGACCAAGAUCAAACACCAAUCAUGCUGGCUAUGCAGAUAGAAAAUGAAAAAAAUGCACUAGUCCGAUGGCUUCUAGAUCACAAUGCUGAUGUAAAGGCUACAGACCACGAAGGAUUGUCUCCCUUACACCAUUGUUGUAAAGCAGCACAUACAGCAAAAGAUGCGAUGAAAAUUGCCAAAUUGAUAAUGCAUUACAUGGAAACACAUGAUGAAGAGAGGAAAGAUCGUUCUUUCUUUGAAACACCUGACACAAAAAAGAAAACGCCAUUGAUGCAUGCGAUCAACAACAAGAAACAUUUGACAUCUGACCUUGUACUUUUCUUGAUUGACAUGGUUGCUGAGGUCAAUGCUGUUGACUCAGGAGGUAAUACAGUGAUGCACUUGUUGAUGGAGUCACAUUUUGAAGACGAAAUCGUAGAAGAAAUAUUGGAGAGACUCAUGGAUAAAAACGCUGAUCCAUUUAUACAGAAUUAUAAAAAUAUGACCUCUCUUAUGUGCGGCGUCUGUUCUCCUAUGAGGCGCGUGAAAUCUCUUUCGUGGAUCCUCAAUAGAACGCCACUGGAAGUCUAUAAGCCUCACACAGACUUGCGUGGUAAAAAUCUACUUCAUCUCUGUGUUGAGGCUACAGCUAUCAGCGACGACGAUGUUAGCGUGUUAUGUUGUCAAGCAAUCAAGUGCGGAGAAUCCAUUCUUGAAAGAUCAAAAGAAAGUAAAAGUGCACUUGAGAUAGCUGUGGUUUCCAAAUCAACACGAAUUCAAACUAUUUGUUGCAUGUUGAAAUUUUCUGGAAUGAGGUUGACCUGCGCGAUAUAUGAUAUGUUUAAAAAGGCAAACAAAUUUUCAUACGAAUUUCUACAACUGUUAUUUAAAUACGAAGUAGAGUUAGAUGAAGAGUGCAAAGAAACUAGAUUCCCAUAUCAUGACAUUAUAGAUGAUUCCCAAUCAGAAAUUGAUGAAACAAUAAUACAGCCUCUUGUUAGGAUGGGAUUUGACAUCAAUAAAACCAAUUCUCGGGGAGACAGUGCCUUCAUGGCAGCUUGCAGGUCAUGUUGUGGACGUGCUGUUCUUUUGGCACUGGGUAUUGAAAGUGACCUUAACAGACUUACUGGUGAAAAUGAAACGUACCUCCAUCUAUUAGCAAAAUCAAACAGAACGGAUUUAGAAACAUACGAAGCAAUGAAUUCUCUCAAGGGAAUAUCACCAACGAGCAAUCAAGUCAACAAAUUAAACAAAUUCAGACGUUCAGCGUUGGCAGAAAGUGUUUUGAAACAAAAAGUUAACACCGUUCGAUUUCUGAUAGAGCAGGGUGCCAAUCCUGACCAACAGGACAGAACUGGGAAAACAGCCUUACACCAUUGUGUGGAAGGGGGUUGGUUUGAUGACGAAGCAUGUGCCAUGCUUGACAUACUAAAAGAGGGUGAAGUAUGUAUUCACGUCUAUGACAACAUGGAAGCAAGUGCGUUAUCCCUGGCAUCCAGUCAUGCGAGUCGCAGUAGACUUUUCACGAUACUCAGACUGUUAGAACUCGGGUCAAAUUUAGAAACUGUAGACCGCGAGGGUAGGUCGCCAAUCCACACUUGCCUUUUGCACCUACGGGGGCAUCGAAAAACAUCAGUUGUAGAACGAGCAUGUCGACUGGCCAUUCUAAGGAUAUAUGGAAUGAGUCAUAUUGCAAAAGACAACAACGACAAGAUGCCGGAAGAUCUCUGUGACAAACUAGAUCAGGAAAAACAAAUCCUAAAGACACACAAAGACGGCCUUCUUCCUUUACUAGAGAUGAUUGUGAAAGGCGCAUUUGCCUCGCUGGGUAAUGAAUAUAAUUAUCCUCAUAUCAAUUACCAAGUGAACAAAUUGAACGGCAAAGUACUUGAUUUAAUCAAAUACUCUUCGAAAUUCCUUCACAGAGUAGAGUUUGAUAGUUGUGAAGACGAUACAGAUUUUUAUUCCUCAAGCGAUUCCCAAAUUAUUGAACGCACACUGAAAUAA